AUGGCUCCUCAACUAGAUGGCUACUUCAAGCAAGUGGAUUCUCUCUCCGACCAUUUUAUCGAGCGGCUUCGAAAAGCGGUAGCAAUUCCGUCCAUCUCUGCUGAUGAAGAACGACGACCUGAUGUUGUCCGCAUGGGAGAAUUCCUCGCGGCUGAGCUCUCAGCUCUAGGUGCAGGGGUCCAGCAGCGACCGCUGGGAAAGCAGCCUGGGAAAGAACACCUCGAACUCCCCCCUGUCGUCAUUGCUCGCUAUGGAAAUGAUAGGAAGAAGCGCACCAUUUUGGUAUACGGCCACUACGAUGUACAGCCGGCUGGGAAAGAGGACGGCUGGGCCACCGAGCCUUUCGAACUUACGAUUGACGACAAAGGACGAAUGUUCGGCAGAGGCAGUACAGACGACAAGGGGCCUGUCUUGGGUUGGUUGAAUGCAAUUGAGGCACAUCAGAAGGCUGGCGUCGACUUUCCGGUCAACUUGCUCAUGUGCUUCGAGGGCAUGGAGGAAUAUGGAUCAGAGGGCUUGGACGACUUCAUAAACGCAGAGGCGAAGAAGUUCUUUGCCGACGCAGACGCCGUAUGCAUAUCUGACAAUUAUUGGCUUGGAACGGAGAAGCCUUGCCUGACAUACGGGCUUCGCGGUUGCAGUUACUACUCAGUGGAGAUUUCAGGACCUGGCCAGGACCUUCACAGUGGUGUUUUCGGCGGUACAGCUCAAGAACCUAUGACGGACCUGAUGCGUAUCCUGGCAAGUCUGGUUGACACAGACGGCAAAAUUCAAAUCCCAGGUCUGGCUGAACUUGUCGCUCCCCUGACGGAGGAAGAGAAGUCAUUGUACGGCAACAUUGCCUUCACAAUGGACAAUCUCUACGAAUCUCUUGGUAGUCAGACCUCCAUCCACCCGGACAAAGAGCGCACUCUGAUGGCCAGAUGGAGAUAUCCCUCCCUCUCAGUACAUGGCGUCGAGGGAGCCUUUUCGCAACCCGGUGCUAAGACCGUCAUCCCAGCCAAGGUCAUCGGAAAGUUCUCAAUCCGUACAGUACCAAACAUGGAAUCUGAGGAUGUCGACCGUCUUGUAUUCAAGUACAUUGACGAGCAGUUCAAAAAGCUCGGGAGUAAGAACACUUGCAAGUGCACUUUGCAGAACGCUGGCAAAUGGUGGGUUGCAAGUCCCAAGCACUGGAACUUCACAGCAGCGAGCAAGGCAGUAGAGAAGGUGUGGGGCGUGAAGCCUGAUUUAACCAGGGAAGGUGGCAGUAUUCCGGUGACUCUAACAUUUGAGCAAGCGACAGGAAAGAAUGUACUUCUUCUUCCCAUGGGCAGCUCGACAGACGCGGCGCAUUCGAUCAAUGAAAAGCUUGACAAAAAGAACUACAUUGAGGGGAUUAAGUUACUAGGAGCUUACUUGCACUAUGUUGCGGAGGAGCCAAUGGUUAACUGA